AACUGGCCAGACACAUUAUAAAUUCACCCUACCCUUCAUGUGAACAGCAGAAACCCUGGAGACACCCCGAGCAGCAGAGUUCCUCCCUGCACAAAACAAGGUUCAGAACAAUGGAAGCAUUGAAUAAAGCAAACACAAGCUUUGCUCUUGACUUUUUCAAACAUGAGUGUCAGGAAGAUGGUGACAAGAAUAUUUUCUUCUCCCCUUUCAGUAUUUCAAUUGCCCUGGCUACUGUUUAUUUCGGAGCCAAAGGUAACACUGCAGAUCAGAUGGCAAAGGUACUUCACUUUAACAAAGCUGAAGGAACCAGAAACAUCACCACAACCAUAAAAAUGCAAGUCUAUUCCAGAACAGAAGAGCGUCUAUCAAAUCGACGUGCUUGUUUCCAGAAGACAGAAAUUGGCAAAUCGGAUAAUAUCCAUACUGGGUUUAAAGCACUCAACUUUGAAAUCAACCAACCCACUAAAAACUACCUACUUAAAAGUGUCAACCAGUUAUAUGGAGAAAAAUCAUUGCCUUUCAGUAAGGAAUACUUACAGUCAGUCAAGAAAUAUUACAAUGCAGAGCCACAAUCAGUUGACUUUGUGGGAGCAGCAGAUGAAAUCAGAAAAGAGAUCAAUUCCAAGGUUGAAGACCAGACUGAAGGUAAAAUUCAAAAUUUGCUGCCACCUCGAUCUGUAGAUUCACUCACCAGGCUAGUCCUGAUAAAUGCGCUCUACUUCAAAGGAAACUGGGCAACAAAGUUCGAAGCUGAAGCUACCAGGCAAAGGCCUUUCAGAAUAAACACGCAUACAACUAAACCAGUGCCCAUGAUGUACGUGAGUGAUAAAUUUAACUGGACCUACAUAGAAUCAGCCCAGGCCGAUGUUCUUGAGCUUCCAUACGUCAAUAAUGACCUCAGCAUGUUUAUCCUGCUACCAAGUAACAUCACCGGCUUACAAAAGCUAGAAAGAGAAUUGACUUUUGAAAACUUGUCUGCAUGGACCAGCCCAGAACUAAUGGAGAAAAUGAAAAUAGAGGUUUAUCUGCCCAGGUUCACAUUAGAAGAGAAAUACGAACUCAAAUCUACUUUGAGCAGGAUGGGGAUACAAGACGCCUUCACUGAAGGUCAAGCUGAUUUCACAGGAAUGUCAGAGAAUGGUGAUCUGUUUUUGUCACAAGUUUUUCACAAGUGUUAUCUGGAAGUCAAUGAAGAAGGCACAGAGGCAGCAGCUGCCAGCUCAGCAGCACUGGCAUCACGAAGUCUCGGUGCUGCUGUUAUUUUUGUAGCAGAUCACCCUUUCCUCUUCUUUAUCAGGCACAACAAGACCAAGAGUAUCCUCUUCUUGGGAAGGUUCUCUUCCCCCUAGAAACUUAACUAUUAAUAAACAGGCUCUUGCAACUACAAUAAUGAACAAAAUAUGCACCACAAAGAGCAUCUCAAUAGUCUGUGCAGUUCUUACUUUUCCUGUACUGUUGACAAAUCUCUCAAUGUUAGAAGAGAGCAUAUAUUAAAAAUAAC